UUCCCACCACACCACCACGGGAAAAAGGUGCGAUCACAGUUGCCUCAGAGAAACUCAGAUCCGGCGAGAGAGAGGUUUUGCUGUAUGUCAGUAGAUUGUGCUGAGACUUACUUUGGUGGAUUUGGAGGACUCGUAAACCCUAUUCAAUGGCCUCAGCUUCGCAAAAGACGACGCCAUGUGCUCACCACGGAGCCUCUGCUCCGCCUCCUCCGAAACUCCUCUCCGCUGUGGAGUCCGUACUCCGCCCUGUCGAUUCGAUCGCUGACACGGCCAAGAAACCUGCGAACAAAGGAAUCUCUGUAACGCCAAGGUCGGAAACAAAGCACCCGUUGGAUCCUCUAUCUGCUGCAGAGAUAUCAGUUGCUGUGGCCACUGUUCGCGCCGCUGGUGCUAACCCUGAGGUUAGGGAUAGUAUGCGUUUCAUCGAGGUGGCGUCAGUGGAGCCAGAGAAACAUGUUGUGGCGCUUGCAGAUGCUUACUUUUUCCCUCCCUUCCAGCCAUCAUUGCUUCCAAGAACUAAAGCUGGACCUGUGAUCCCUAUGAAGCUCCCUCCAAGGCGAGCGAGACUUGUUGUCUACAACAAGACUUCUAAUGAGACAAGUGUGUGGAUCGUGGAGUUGUCUUCGGUUCAUGCUGUCACUCGGGGCGGGCAUCACAGGGGGAGAGUGGUUUCCUCGCAAGUGAUACCUGAUGUCCAGCCACCCAUGGAUGCGGAAGAAUAUGCGGAAUGUGAAGCGAUUGUCAAAGACUUCCCUCCAUUCAUUGAGGCAAUGAAGAGGAGAGGUAUCGAUGACAUGGAUCUUGUGAUGGUUGAUCCCUGGUGUGUGGGUUAUCAUAGUGAAGCUGACGCUCCUAGUCGUAGGCUUGCGAAGCCUCUUAUAUACUGUCGAACUGAUAGUGACUGCCCAAUGGAAAAUGGCUAUGCUCGUCCAGUUGAGGGAAUUUAUGUUCUUGUGGACAUGCAAAACAUGGUGGUGAUCGAGUUUGAAGACCGUAAGUUUGUGCCACUUCCCCCACCUGACCCUUUGAGGAAUUAUACACCAGGUGAGAGCAGAGGGGGUGUUGAUAGAAGUGAUGUUAAGCCUCUCGAGAUUAUUCAGCCUGAAGGUCCAAGUUUCCGUGUAAGGGGUUACUUUGUCGAGUGGCAGAAGUGGAACUUUCGUAUUGGGUUCACUCCCAGGGAAGGUUUAGUCAUACAUUCGGUAGCAUAUGUUGAUGGCAGUCGAGGUCGAAGGCCUGUUGCACAUAGGCUAAGUUUUGUGGAGAUGGUUGUGCCUUAUGGUGAUCCGAACGAGCCACAUUACAGGAAGAAUGCUUUUGAUGCAGGGGAGGAUGGUCUUGGGAAAAACGCACAUUCGCUUAAGAAGGGGUGUGACUGUCUGGGAUCUAUCAAGUACUUUGACGCCCAUUUCACAAAUUUCACUGGAGGAGUUGAAACAAUUGAGAACUGCGUAUGCUUGCAUGAAGAAGACCAUGGGAUUUUGUGGAAACAUCAGGAUUGGAGAACAGGAUUGGCUGAAGUGCGAAGAUCUAGGAGGCUGACUGUCUCUUUCUUUUGUACUGUGGCUAACUACGAGUAUGGAUUUUACUGGCACUUCUACCAGGAUGGAAAAAUCGAAGCUGAAGUAAAACUUACUGGUAUCCUCAGUCUAGGAGCGCUGCAGCCAGGAGAAACUCGAAAGUACGGUACUACUAUUGCUCCGGGGUUGUAUGCACCAGUCCAUCAACAUUUCUUUAUCGCUCGCAUGGAUAUGUCCGUUGACUGUAAACCUGGUGAAGCUUAUAACCAGGUAGUUGAGGUAAAUGUCAAAGUUGACGAGCCCGGUGAGAACAAUAUCCACAACAAUGCUUUUUACGCAGAAGAGAAGUUACUUAGAUCCGAGGCAGAAGCGACGCGUGACUGCGACCCUUUUAGUGCUCGCCAUUGGAUUGUAAGGAACACAAGGACAGUAAACAGGACGGGUCAGUUAACGGGAUACAAACUUGUUCCGGGGUCAAACUGUUUGCCACUAGCUCGACCCGAGGCCAAGUUUCUAAGAAGAGCUGCAUUCUUGAAGCAUAAUCUGUGGGUUACCCGUUAUGCACCUGACGAGAAGUUUCCAGGAGGAGAAUUCCCAAACCAAAACCCACGUGCUGGUGAAGGUCUCGCUACAUGGGUGAAACAGAAUCGCUCCCUGGAAGAAUCUGAUGUCGUUCUCUGGUAUGUGUUUGGGAUCACACAUGUUCCUAGACUUGAAGAUUGGCCGGUUAUGCCCGUGGAACAUAUUGGUUUCACGCUAAUGCCACAUGGAUUUUUCAACUGCUCACCGGCCGUAGACGUUCCACCGAAUCCUGCAUGCGAAUUGGAUGCUAAGGACAGUGAGGUCAAAGAGGUUGUAGCACCGAAGCCUCUUCAGAGUGGUUUACUUUCAAAGCUUUGAAACAUGACAGACUUAGACUUCUUAUAAAUUGGAGACAUUAUUGUUGCAAUUUAGUUUCGAAUUGGAAUCUUUUCGUGUUUGGUUUGUUGGUUGGAGACUAAAAGAGUGUUCCAUAUUAAAGAGUUGAUUAUUUUAUUA